AUGUUUUCAUGACCUAGCGAAAAUCUUCACCGUCAUCAGAGUAUCUAAUAUUGUUAUGUUUGUUAUGUGUAUACAAGGCUUCCAUUUUAAACCAGUUUGACCUUUCUAUUAUUUGUUCCUCAGCUGGUUUAAACCACUUUGACCUGUCUACUAUUUGUUCCUCAGCCGGUUUAAACCAGUUUGACCUGCUAAUUAUUUGUUCCUCAGCCGGUUCCCCUGGUUAUGGCAGUGAUUACGAGGAAGAGGCUCGAUUCACUCCGAAUGGUCCGGUGGCUAGUUCUCAGCCUCCUUACAACUCACCCGAGAAUGAGCUCUUGAAGCAGCAGUUGAUUGAUCAUCAUCGUGACAGUCCCAGACCUCCUUUCACUCAGUCGCAGAUGGUACAAGCGUACACUGUCAAGCAAUACCACACGUCACCAACUCAUCAGCCCCAGUCUCCUCAGCAUGCAGCUUACCCCCAUUACGCCGCUGACCCCAACAGAAUGCCGCCUCAACAGACUAGACCAAUGCCUCCUCACCAACAUGGAACUGGUCGCUUUCAUGACGAUCGCAUGUCCCCGAGUAUGCAUGGUUACACAUCCCCUGGAUCGUAUUCCCCUGGUAGAAUGUCCCCUAGCGGAGGCCCCGGGGCUAAAAAGUCCCGGUUAUUGCCUCAACUACCUCCAGGACGUGAACCGAUGGACGAAGAAGAACGAGCCCGAGCCGUUAAACAGAAGAUAAAGGACAUCGAUCCUGCAAGAGCUAAACUGGUAGUCGGCGGCGCUAAAGGGAGGAUGGGAUAUGGCCAGGCCCCAGACUCCGUGUUUACACAAAACGGUGGGAUGUAUGACCCAAGCAUGUCCCCGAGACCUGGGCGCCAGUCACCGAGGCCCACGGCAAGAACGGGGAGUCCGUCGCCCUUACCAGGGCCAAAACAUUCUCUGGGGAUGCCCCCACACCAUCAGGGGUUGCAUGCUCCUCAAGAGCGCAUGUAUUCACCUGAAAUGACCUCACACGAGCAAGGAGUGCCAUAUGAAAGCCACAGAAAAACCCAAGACGGACGUAUUCGACGCCGCAACAGCUUAAGCAGUUUACCGAUGAAUGAUUCUGAAAGCGAGCGGCCGCGGAGUCCUUUCCCGAUACCGAGUCCAGUCCCUCUCGGCCAUGGCAGGAGUCAGAGCAGCUCAAGCUUGCACGAAAGGGACCGUGGACUUCCUAACGGGAAGCUGCUGGCUCGUGACGAGGCUCGUUCCGGCAGUCUUAAUAAUCUUCAUGUCUUCCCUACAGGCGGCUACAUCAAGCCUUCCCGUGGGACUGGUCGCAGCGAGAGCUUUGGAGGCAGUGGACGGAGCAGUCGGUCGUCGUCCAUAGCAAGUGACAGGAGCGGCAGCUUAAACAGCAUACCAGGCUCGGUUACUAGUGUCGAGAGCAGUCCUUGGAUGCCUCCAGGAAUAAAACUUGGAAACGAGGGUCACCUGGGUGAUUUUAUCGAUGGCCUGGGUCCGGCUCAGAUUGUAGGACGGCAAGUCCUCGCCUCACCCUCCAUGGGGGACAUUCAACUAGCGCUGUAUAACAGAAAAGGAAUGUUAGAAGUGGAGGUUAUACGAGCCAAGGGUUUGUUACCAAAACCUGGCUCAAAAAUUCUACCAGCGCCCUAUGUAAAAGUGUAUGUGAUGGAAGGCAAGCGCUGCUUGGUAAAGAAGAAAACUCGAACGGCGAGAAGAACGUUAGAACCUUUAUAUCAGCAACAAUUAGAGUUCAAGGUAGAAUUCACUGGCAAGACACUUCAGGUAAAUAGAGAAUUUGCGUUGGCGCUUUUCCUCCCGGGGAAACGUGAUCGAGUGAUCAGGGCGCGGUUCUUUAGAUCAGCUGGGCUGGAGUCCAAAUUGUUCUCUCUGAUGAGAAGCGAGAACCGUAACAUGGCAAUCCUGAGUUUAGCUUAGCUUAUUUCUUUUGCUACCAACAUUCACUUUGCAAGCUUCAUCAUCGCCAUCAUCAUUUAUAUGCCACAAAGUAUUGACGAGCAAGUUUGUUGCUACAAAUUCUUCACCCCUGUCCAUGAAGCCACUGG